AUGAUUAGAUGGAUUUCCUUGCUUAACUCGUAUGUGUAUUGCUUACUUGUCUCAUUGGCUAGCGAGCAAAAAUAUCUUGAUUAUUAGCAGAUUAAUUUUUUAUUAAGAAGGCAAAUUUUUGAAUGAAAUUUCUAAAUUAAUUUAUAUAUUAAGGUCUUGAACACUAGUUUUCUAAAGUAUUGCUAUCUUCUUGAUAUUUCAUUUUUUAACUAUUAAUUUCAUAUUAAAAUGUAGUUUGUAUUAAAAAAUCAUUUAAAGCUCGCUUAAUAAAGGUUAAAUUCUCAAAAAUAGGAAUUUUUCUAAUGGUUCUGCUCACUAACCAAGGUGGGGUAUUAGAUGACUGGAAAAGCCUUAAUAGCACUGUAAACCCAGGCUUAUUUUAUUUGAAGCAUGAAUAUACGGCGGCUUCAGGUUUUUUUAUAGGCCCAAAUGGACUCGGAUUAAGUGUUCAUCACUUUAUUGAUGAUGCCAAAAGAGAAUUAAAGAAAUGCAAAUUGGUUUAUAGAGACGAGGAAUAUGAAUUUUCUGUGGUUUCAUAUGAUAAAGAAGCUGAUUUGCUGAUCGUCAAAGCGAAAAAACUAGAAAAUAAUGCAUUUUUGAGGCUUACUCCCCCCCUCCGUGAGUGAACAAAAAAAUUUUGUUCACUCACUGAGGGGGGUUAAUUUUUUUUUUUAAAAAAAAUUUAUAUAUAAAUUUUUAUAAAAAAUUUUUUUUUCGAAAUUUAAAAAAAUCCUAAUUCGCAAAAAUUGGAAAGCAAAUAUUAAUUCAAUUUGCAAAAUUUAUGUUUUAAAAAGCAAUUUGUUUAAAAAUUAAACAGAAUUAGCUCUAUAUUUCAUUAUAUUAAUUAUCAUUUAUAUAUUAAAUUUUGUUUUCCAUAAAAAAUUUUUCUAUUAAAAAAAUUUUGUUCACUCACGAAGGGUGGGUUUUUGGGCAAAAAAUAAGGAUUUUUCUAAUGGUUUUGUUCACUCACGGAGGGGGGGGGAGUUAGUAAAUUACCACCGAGAAUAGGGGAAAGAGUCUGUUUAUAUGGGGUUUAUGCGAAUAAUGUCAAAGUUUUUGAGCCUGGGUAUAUACUUAACACAGAAUUCACGAAAUUGGAAUCUACUCGUAUUCCUUGCUAUCUUUCAUCAUGUAAAGGAGGAUUUGGGUAUUCAGGAGGGCCAGUCCUUAAUCAAGAAGGUCUUGUAGUUAGUAUGCACUUCUCUAUAUCAACACUAUGAGGAGAUAUUUUUGAUAGUGCUUCAAUACCAUGCGUUAAAAUUUGUGGGAGUUAAUUUAUCCUCCUAGCUAUGCAGCUGAGUCAGAAUGUGUAUCUAGCCAAUUUUGUCGUGCAGAUGAUUAUCCCUUAUUUUGUUAAAAAUGGCUUUAGUCUUGAAAAAAGUGGGAAUUGGAAAGGGGAACUCAGAACUGCCUAGGACGUCAACUAGACCAUUGGACAAGUCCAUAGCACAAUACCAUGCUUUGCGUAUUGGGCAUCGAGUUUCCAUAACGACGAGAAAAUCCGAUUUUUCGAAUUUUCUGGAAGUCAACCUAGUUUCUGAUUCCUUGAGCAAAUCCUUGCCUACAAAGAGCAACGCAGAUCAAAGCCUCUUCGGAUGACGAGCCAGCGGUGAAGCAUAAUUGUAGGUGAUUAGAGGCCUAAGUGCCUAAACUUCUCUAUAAUUGAUUAAUGCUAAUGCUUCAAUGCCAAGUACAAAAAUUAUAAGCGUACUCAAUAAGGUAGCUAAAGAAACAGAAAACGGAUGGGUGCUCAAAUAA